AUGAAACUUAUAGUUUGCAAUGAACUUCAAAGUAUAGAUACAACAAAAGUUUUGAACUCAGAUGCUUUGAAGAGUCUUAUAACAGACAAAGUUGGAGUUGUUGAAAGAAAGUAUAAAGACCAAAGAGUUUGUGAAAAUGUUGCAAACUUCAUUAUGGUUUCAAACAAUGUUGUUCCGAUGAAGUUAGAAAGUUCUGACAGAAGAUAUGUAGUUGUCAGAACGUCAGAAGCUCAUAUGCAAGAUACAGAAUAUUUUGACGACUUAGCAGAAACUUUGACAUCUGACUUUUACAACCACUUGUUCUCAUACUUUAUGACAUUAGAUAUUUCUAAGUUCAAUCCAAGACAAAUUCCACAUACCGAAGAGAGACAAACAUUGUUAGAAGCAAACAAGAGUGUAUAUGAACUGUUCAUAGAUGAAACUGACUUUGUGUCAUUAGAUGAAAGGUCAUUGUACGAUUCGUAUAAACAAUAUUGUCAAGAAUAUGGUUAUAUGGCAGCUUCUAAACGUACAUUCUUGGCAAAUGUCAAAAGUCUUUUAGAUGUUCAGAAUGGUGUAUAUACAAAGAAAAUUUUUUCUGAGUAA